AUGCUACAAAGUUUACACCUUGAGAAAGAACACCAAUCGUCAUUAGCAGGUUUCUACAACAAUCGCUACGGAAUCUUUUGCAGAAUCAUUUCUUCAAAACUUUGGGAAAUGACAGCAAAUAAUUAUGAUGCUGAUAGAGAAGCUUCUGAUGCUAGUAUUAUCAAGGAUAAGGUUGAUCCAGCAAAACCUGCAUCUCUUACAUGGAAGAGGAAACUAAACACUAAGGAAACUCCCCUUUCAGAGUUUGGUUUAAAGUUCAAAGAAGUAAUCCAUCUGGCUCCAAUGGGAUAUCGGUUAUGGCGUUGGAUACGAGAAGAUGCUGCAAACGGAAAUGGAAAUGGAACUAUUGUUGAUCCUUUCAAGAAACACUACUAUUCUUCUUGUAAUGGUGUUCCUUUAGGUGGUAUUGGUGCAGGUAGCAUUGGAAGGACAUAUAAAGGCGAAUUUUUGCGUUGGCAACUCUUUCCUAAAUUAUGUGAAGAUAAACCAGUUUUAGCAAAUCAAUUUUCUAUGUUUGUCUCACGACCAAAUGGAAAGAAGUAUUCGACUGUCCUCUGCCCACCAAACCAAGAGAUGCUGAAAGAUAGUUUAGAUGUUGGUAUUGGAUCUUGGGACUGGAAUUUCAGUGGAGAGAAAUCUACAUACCAUGGAUUAUACCCAAGGGCUUGGACAGUUUAUGAUGGUGAACCUGAUCCGGACCUCAAAAUAGUUUGUCGUCAGAUUUCCCCUAUUAUCCCUCAUAAUUAUAAAGAAAGCAGCCUUCCUGUAGCAGUAUUUACUUACACACUGUCGAACACUGGAGACACAGAUGCAGAUGUCACUUUGCUAUUUACAUGGGAGAAUUCUGUUGGUGGAUCCUCUGGAUUAUCUGGUCAUCAUUCCAAUUCAAAAAUGACGGUGAAAGAUGGCAUUCAUGGAGUACUCCUACAUCAUGCGAGUGCAGAUGGGCAACCCCCUGUAACCUUUGCUAUUGCAGCACAAGAAACAAACCAUGUUCGUGUUUCAGAGUGCCCUUCCUUCGUAAUAUCUGGAAACUCCAAGGGUCUCACAGCAAAAGACAUGUGGAAUGAAAUUAAAAAGAAUGGUUCUUUUGAUCACCUUGAUUCCUCUCAACUACCAAUGAUCUCAGAAGCAAAGUCGUGUAUAGGUGCGGCUAUUGCAGCUUCUGUGACCAUACCAUCUCAGGUUGUGCGUACUGUCACCUUCUCAUUGGCGUGGGACUGCCCGGAACUUGUCUUUCCAACCAGGACUUACCAUAGGCGUUACACCAAAUUUUAUGGUAGUCAUGGGGAUGCUGCUGAAAAAAUCGCACAUGAUGCUAUUCUUGAACAUGGUAAUUGGGAGGCCCAGAUAGAAGCAUGGCAACAGCCUAUCCUUGAAGACAAGAGGCUUCCUGAAUGGUACCCAAUCACUCUUUUCAAUGAAUUAUAUUAUCUCAACUCAGGGGGCACAAUUUGGACAGACGGACUACCUCCUGUACACAACUUAUCAACCAUUAAUGGAAGACAGUUCUCAAUUGAUAGAUCUAACAUGGAUUCUCAAAGUAAUGGUGGUAAUACAACUCAUCACCACGACACCGCUGUUAACGUUCUUGAAAGAAUGACGUCAGUACUCGAAGAAAUCCAUAACCCCACGUCAAAAAUCUCAGCAUUUGGAACAAAUCUUCUACAAGACGGAGAAGAAAACAUCGGGCAAUUUCUAUAUUACGAAGGAAUAGAAUACCACAUGUGUAACACAUACGACGUCCAUUUCUACGCAUCAUUCGCCCUAAUCAUGCUUUUCCCCAAACUCGAACUCAGCCUCCAACGUGACUUCGCAUCUGCCGUCAUGAUGCAUGAUCCCCGUAAAAUGGAUAUUUUAUCCGACGGGGCAUCAGUCCCGAAAAAAGCCCUAGGUGCUGUCCCUCAUGAUAUCGGAAUGAUCGAUCCUUGGUUUGAUGUUAACUUCUAUAACCUCCACAAUACAGACCAAUGGAAAGAUCUAAACCCUAAAUUUGUCCUCCAAGCCUACAGAGACGUGGUGGCCACCGGAGAUAAGAAUUUUGCGAAAGCUGUUUGGCCUUCUGUUUAUAUUGCAAUGGCGUACAUGGAGCAGUUUGAUAAGGAUGGAGAUGGGAUGGUUGAAAACGAAGGGUUUCCUGAUCAGACGUAUGAUACAUGGUCGGUAUCGGGUGUUAGUGCGUAUUCCGGUGGGCUGUGGGUGGCGGCGUUGCAGGCGGCGUCUGCUAUGGCGGGUGUGGUCGGUGAUAAGGGUUGCGAGGAGUAUUUUUGGGCCAAGUUUAUGAAAGCGAGGAGUGUGUAUGAUAAGUUGUGGAAUGGUUCUUAUUUUAACUAUGAUGAUAGUAAAGGGAGGGCAAGUUCGUCCAUUCAAGCUGAUCAGUUAGCGGGACAAUGGUAUGCUAGAGCAUGUGGGCUUUCUCCUAUUGUUGAUGAAGAAAAGGCGAAAAGUGCAUUGGAGAAGGUUUACAAUUUCAAUGUAUUGAAAGUGAAGAAUGGGAAACGUGGAGCUAUUAAUGGGAUGCUACCCACUGGUGAACCUGAUAUGUCAUGUAUGCAAUCAAGGGAAAUUUGGACAGGAGUUACCUAUGGAGUUGCUGCAGGUAUGAUUCAUGAAGACAUGAUCGACACUGCUUUCCACACUGCAAGUGGAGUGUAUGAGACCGCUUGGUCUGAAGAGGGAUGCGGCUAUUCUUUUCAAACCCCAGAAGCUUGGAAUACUGAUGGGCACUACAGAUCUAUAACAUACAUGCGGCCUUUAGCAAUAUGGGCUAUGCAAUGGGCCCUUACACAACCCAAAAGGCCCAAUAAGGAAAUGAAGCCCGAUUUAAAGCCUGAAUCUCUCCGGAGGCAACAUGCUGGGUAUACAAAAGUGGCUCGUUUGCUAAAGCUGCCAAAGGAGCAAGACACAAGAAGCAUCUUGCAAAUAAUAUUCGACUGCACUUGCAAAAAGAUGAGCACUUAACAUUUUCAGUCUAAGUGCUUUGUAUUGAUAACUGUGUCUUCAGAAAACCUCAAUUUAUUACAUACUUGAAACUAUAUGCAUAACUCCACCACAUGAUUAUAUAAAAGUACAGUUACCAUUUGUUGAUGUAUAU